UCUGCCCAUAAUGUACAUUGUAUUCCUUAUUUUUUCAAAAAAAAAAAUUCUGGCUAAAAAGGUGAAAUAUAAAAGUGUCUUGACUUGGAGAAGAGAGGUUGUGAUGGGCAUUAUAGCUAAAUCCAAUUUUGCAGUCUAUUUCUUUUCUUCUAUUAACUAAAAGAAAGUAGAAUGCAAUCAUCCGUUGGAAAAGCCUUUCAACUUUUCUGUUUUCUUCUUAUUUUAUUUGUUAGCCAUGUGUGUUUGAUCCAAGUUCGAGCCAACUACGAUUUAGAUUCCACAGUGGGCAGAUCUACGGAUGCAUUUCUUUUGUCUACAAGCUUACCUGUGGACACAGCCUUCAAGUUUCCAUCUGCUUCACCUGCUAUUACCCCUUCGGCUGGGGGAAAUUUUGGGAAAGGAAGGAUAGAUCUGGGGGGUCUUGAGGUGGUCCAAGUCUCCAUCUCGGCCUCAACAUCACAGAGAGUAUGGAGGACAUACGAGGGCAUGGGACUCACUAUCUUUCAACCUACCAACCUUCCUCCCAGCUUCUUCUCUCUUGGCUUCUAUGCACAACCCAACGACCGUCAGCUAUUCGGCUGGGUUCUCGUUGCAAGAGACGUGUCUGGAAAUAGCCUGAGGCCACCCGUUGGGUACAUUGCAGCCAUGAACACUACUUCAAUGAUUAUCAGGCAAGACGGGCCUGCAUAUUUUUGGCAGCCCCUAUGUCCCGAUGGGUAUCAAGCGGUUGGUCUGUAUGUCACUACUUCUCCUCUGGAGCCGCCUUUAAGACAAAAAUCUAUAAGCUGCGUUCGAUCCGGCCUUACAGAGCAGAGUGAAGCCGAUACAUGGGUUUGGGGGACAGCAGAUAUGGCAAUUUCUAGCCUGAGACCGGCCAACAGAGGAACAGAAGCAACGGGUGUGUACACAGGGACAUUCAGCUGCCAGGGGCGAAACUCCCCUCCUGCUCGUCCUCCUCUGUUCUGCUUGAAAAACACAAGAUUUGACUUGUCAAGCAUGCCAAGCAAAGAUCAAACAAGGGUUUUGUUUGAAACGUAUUCACCGUGGGUGUAUUUGCAUCCGGAUGAAGAUUUCCUUCCUUCAUCAGUCGAUUGGUUUUUCUCGAAUGGGGCCUUGUUAUUCCAGAAAGGGAACGAGUCCAACCCCGUCCCCGUGCAGCCGGACGGUUCAAACCUUCCGCAAGGGGGUUCGGAUGACGGUUUAUUCUGGCUGGACUAUCCGGCGGAUAAGAACGCAAAGGAAAGGGUGAAGAGGGGAGACUUGGGAAACACCAAGGUGUAUCUGCACAUCAAACCAAUGUUUGGAGGCACUUUCACAGACAUAGUGGUGUGGAUAUUCUAUCCUUUCAACGGGAAUGCACGGCUAAAGUUUUUAUUCGUCAAGAGCCUGUCGCUGGGGGAUAUAGGGGAGCACAUUGGAGACUGGGAGCAUGUUACGUUGCGCAUAAGCAACUUCAACGGCGAGUUAUGGCGGGCGUACUUGUCAGAGCACAGUGGGGGAACGCUAGUGGAGGCAUGCGAUCUAGAGUUCCAAGGUGGAAACAAACUAGUGAGCUACUCGUCGCUUCACGGGCACGCAAUGUUCUCAAGGCCAGGAAUGGUGCUGCAAGGGGAAGACGGGAACGGGGUGAGGAACGACAUGGCGAGAAGUGACAAAUUCUUGGACGCAGGAGCAGCGUACGAGCUGGUUGCAGGGCCGGGAGUGGUGGAGCCGCCGUGGCUAAACUAUUAUAGGAAAUGGGGACCAUUUGUCACACAUGAUAUCGAGAAGACAUUCCAAGGCAUCGCCAAGACAUUGCCUCGACUCUUGCGGACCAAAUUCAAUAAUCUUAUCAGCAAAAUCCCUCGUGAGGUGCUUCAGGAAGAUGGCCCCACUGGUCCCAAAGUCAAAACUUCUUGGACCUCUGAUGACUUUUAGUUUUCCUCUCAUCCCUUCUUGACUCAUCAAACUACACACAACUAUAUUAUUGGCUUUAAACAAAACAAAACCAAAACAAAUAU